GUGACAAGUUUAGUAGUCUCAAAAUGGGUUAUAUCCCUUCCCCCUUCACAUCAGAAUCUUGUGAAAUGGGAAAACAACAGAAGGAGGGGAUCAAAGAUAGCUGAUCUCACAUGCUUCCCAGGCAGGGCAGAGGUGGGAGUCAAACCCGGGUGACAGGUGGGUGGAGAGCCCUGUUUGAGGUUGUGGCUGAUCCCUCUCUGGUAUUAGCUUUUCCCCUGGGAGCAGGAAGCCCUAGGAAGAGGGGACUGUAGGGUCCCCAGGGGAUCUAUCCUCCCUCCCCUGCAUGAGGCAGAGGCAAGCUGCCUGCCAACCCCCUCCCUCAAGGAAUGGCCUUGCCCGGGAAUGCCCACCACACAUACCCUCUUCUUUUUUUCUAGUCAAACUCUUGUUUAUUCCUUGGCUUGCCUCCCUCCUUCCUCCCCUCUCAACCUUUACUUCUGAUUUCUAUUUCAUGGAAUUUGGGAUUGAAGUUAAACUACAACAGUGCCGCCAACACCAAGUCUUGCAGGAAAAAAAUACAAAGAAAUUUAACAAAAAAAAUAUAUUAAUAAAAAAGUUCAAAAAAGGGGGGGGAUUGUCAUCUCCUUUGGGGUGCGAUGGCUUCAAAUCCAAACUGAGGCUCUCCGGGUGGUAAGGAUGUGCGAGGAGGCCUCUUGAAGAACUCCAGGCCUAUCAUGCUGUCUCUCCGCUAAAGCCUGAGGCCCGAGGUCAGAGGAUUCAGGAAGGCUCUGCAGUCGGCCCAGGAGGGCGGGGUCCCGUGGUGGAGGCGGGGAGAGGGAAGGACCGCACGGAGCACCAACCCCUGCUCGGCCCCGUACCAGGAAGCGCUGGGGGGCAGAGGAGCGGAGUUGAGGCAGAAGCCAGGUGAGGCUGGAGUCCUGGGGUAGGCAGGCUGUGGCUGCCGCUGCCUGAGACGGAAAUCGGGGGAGGAAGCUCGCGGAAGAAACAGCAGAGGGUCGUGGAAAGAAAGUAAUGGCUGAGCUAGGGAUAGGGUACCAGGUAGGGGGAGGAAACGGGAGAGAGAAAUAGGUGGGGCUACGGCGCAUGCUCAAUAGGAAGGGGCGCCGGUGGGGUGCGGACGCAUGCGUAGUGGGCUUCUCGGGCGGUGGGGUGGGCGCGGAAUUUGGAGACCCACUUCGGGAAAGGAUGGUGGUGACUUCGCUGAAGCUUCAGGACCUCAUCGAAGAGAUUCGCGGGGCCAAGACUCAGGCCCAGGAGCGGGAGGUGAUACAAAAGGAGUGUGCCCACAUCCGGGCCUCCUUCCGCGACGGGGACCCGGUGCACAGGCACCGGCAGCUGGCCAAACUUCUCUACGUCCACAUGUUGGGCUACCCCGCCCACUUUGGACAGAUGGAGUGCCUGAAACUGAUCGCCUCCUCCAGAUUCACAGACAAGAGGGUGGGCUACCUGGGGGCCAUGCUUCUAUUGGAUGAGAGGCACGAUGCCCACCUGCUCAUUACCAACAGCAUCAAGAAUGACCUGAGCCAGGGGAUUCAGCCAGUACAAGGCCUGGCCUUGUGCACUUUGAGCACCAUAGGCUCUGCUGAGAUGUGCCGAGACCUGGCCCCAGAAGUGGAGAAACUGCUCCUGCAACCCAGUCCCUACGUGCGCAAGAAGGCUAUUCUGACUGCAGUGCACAUGAUCCGGAAGGUGCCUGAACUCUCCAGUGUCUUCCUCCCACCCUGUGCCAAACUGGUUCAUGAGCGUCACCAUGGCAUCCUGCUGGGCACCAUCACGCUGAUCACGGAGCUCUGCGAACGAAGCCCUGCAGCCCUCAGGCACUUCCGAAAGGUGGUACCCCAGCUGGUACAGAUCCUCCGGACUCUGGUGACAACGGGAUACUCCACAGAACACAGCAUAUCUGGAGUCAGCGACCCCUUCCUGCAGGUCCAGAUACUUCGUCUGCUUCGGAUCCUGGGCCGGAACCACGAGGAGAGCAGUGAGACCAUGAAUGACUUGCUGGCCCAGGUGGCCACUAACACAGACAGCAGCCGAAAUGCCGGAAAUGCGGUCCUGUUUGAGACAGUACUCACCAUCAUGGACAUCCGCUCUGCAGCUGGCCUACGGGUUCUAGCUGUCAACAUUCUUGGCCGCUUCCUACUCAACAGUGACAGGAACAUUAGGUAUGUAGCCCUGACAUCACUGCUUCGACUGGUGCAGUCUGAUCACAGUGCUGUACAGCGGCAUCGGCCCACUGUUGUGGAAUGUCUACAGGAAACUGAUGCCUCCCUCAGCCGGAGAGCCCUGGAACUAAGCCUGGCUCUGGUAAAUAGCUCCAAUGUGCGAGCCAUGAUACAAGAGCUGCAGGCCUUUCUGGAGUCCUGCCCUCCUGACCUACGGGCUGACUGUGCCUCAGGCAUCCUGCUGGCUGCAGAGAGGUUUGCUCCAACCAAACGCUGGCACAUAGACACCAUCCUGCAUGUGCUGACAACGGCGGGCACCCAUGUGCGGGAUGAUGCAGUGGCCAACCUGACCCAGCUGAUUGGGGGGGCCCAGGAGCUACAUGCCUACUCUGUGCGCCGCCUCUACAAUGUCCUGGCAGAAGACAUUUCCCAGCAACCACUGGUGCAGGUGGCAGCCUGGUGCAUUGGGGAGUAUGGGGACCUUCUGCUGGCAGGGAACUGCGAGGAGAUUGAGCCCCUUCAGGUGGACGAAGAGGAAGUGCUGGCAUUGCUGGAAAAGGUGCUGCAGUCCCAUAUGUCCCUGCCAGCCACUCGAGGAUAUGCCCUCACAGCCCUCAUGAAGCUCAGCACUCGCCUCUGUGGGGACAACAACCGCAUCCGCCAGGUGGUGUCCAUCUACGGGAGCUGCUUGGACGUGGAGCUGCAGCAGCGGGCUGUGGAGUAUGACACACUCUUCCGGAAAUACGACCACAUGAGGGCUGCUAUCCUGGAAAAAAUGCCUCUUGUGGAGCGAGAUGGCCCUCAGGCUGAUGAGGAAGCAAAAGAAAGCAAAGAAGCAGCCCAGCUUUCAGAAGCAGCCCCAGUGCCCACAGAGCCCCAGGCCUCGCAGCUCCUGGAUCUGCUAGAUCUCCUGGAUGGGGCUUCUGGGGAUGUCCAGCAUCCUCCCCCUCUGGACCCCGCCCCAGGAGGUGCUCUGGUACACCUGCUUGACCUUCCCUGUGCACCUCCACCCCCAGCUCCCAUCCCAGAUCUCAAAGUGUUUGAGCGUGAGGGAGUACAGCUGAAUCUGUCUUUCAGUCGACCCCCUGAAAACUCUGCUUUGCUGUUAAUCACCGUCACUGCCACCAACUUCUCAGAGGGUGAUGUCACCCAUUUCAUCUGCCAGGCUGCUGUGCCCAAGAGUCUCCAGCUGCAGCUGCAGGCCCCCAGUGGGAACACAGUUCCAGCUCGGGGUGGCCUUCCUAUCACCCAGCUCUUCAGAAUCCUCAAUCCUAACAAGGCCCCCCUGCGGCUAAAGCUGCGCCUCACCUACAACCACUUUCACCAGUCGGUGCAGGAGAUCUUUGAGGUGAACAACCUGCCUGUGGAAUCGUGGCAGUAACUGUCUCCACUCACAGCCUGAAAUUCUCCUGUGUCCCAAACCCCAGGGGGCCCCAGCAGCUUCGAACCUACACCUGAGGGCUACCAGCAGGUGGCGCUCUGGCUUUGCACUGCAAAAACUGGGGACCAGCCCCCUUCUCCCACAAAUAAAGCCCAAAAAAGCCUGA